UUAGGCCUUGCAUCCAAGCACUACACAACAAUUUUUUAUUAAAAUUCUUUGUUACGGUUUAGACAGAAAAUUUCAAAAUUAUUGGUUUAAAAUGUUUAAGAAUUCCGCGUUAACUCUAAUUCGGAUCACAAAUAACAGCUUUUUCAGUCGUUGCCUACAGUCCACCGCUUGCAGGUUUCUUCACUUUAAGUUUCAAGCAAAUUUAAAAAAUGAAGACAUCUGCAAGACCAAUGGCCUUCCUAAAAGAUUUGAUGACGGUGCGAUCGGAGAGAAUUAUGUACUGCGCCGAUAUCUGGACGAUCUGGAGCAGCAGCAGGCCCGAAGGUUAAUGGAAGAAGAACGUAAAGAUCUUAAAUGCCUCAAAGAGAUCACUAUGGGUGGUAAAGAUUGCGACGAUCCGUGUAAGAAAAAAGAUCCUUGUAAGAAAAAAGACCCGUGCAAGAAGGAAGAUCCGUGCAAGAAGAAAGACCCCUGCAAGAAGGAAGAUCCGUGUAAGAAGAAAGACCCCUGCAAGAAGAAAGACCCCUGCAAGAAGAAAGAUCCAUGCAAGAAGAAAGACCCAUGCAAGAAGAAAGACCCAUGCCCGAAAAAAGAUCCUUGCCCAAAGGAAGAUCCCUGCAAGAAAAAAGAUCCCUGCAAGAAAAAAGAUCCCUGCAAAAAAAAUAAAGAUGGUGAUAUGAAAAAGAAAUGCAAAAAAUUGGCCGAAAAGGAAAAAUGUAAAAAACUUGCCAAAAAAGAAAAGAUGAAGAAAAUGCAGAAAAAAUGCAAAAAAAUGCUUGAGAAAGAAAAAUGCAAAAAAAUGGCCAAGAAGGAUAAGUGCAAGAAAAAGUAAAUGACCGAAAUGAGAAAUAUGCGAAUUCAACAAAUUUUUUAAUUCUUCUUAUACAGUAUUUAGAGGCACAAAAUUAAAGAUUUGUACUUUA